CUCGUGGCAGAGUUCCUCCUGUGCGAUUGAUGAAGAUGAUGAUGGCUGGUUCUUGUCGCCCGUUGCUGGUGGCUGCUGUGCUGGCUCUUGUUGGGCUUGUCGCCUUGCACACGGCUCCGUGCGCUGCACUGUACGCAGAGGACGCCGGCGUGUACGACUGGGUUCAACAACACAUUGGACAUGUGCUAUUGGCUGCAGAGGGCAGUGCUGGGGAGCUUGUCGUUGCCACGCGCGAAGGCGUCAUCGCCCGCAUCGAUCCCGAUUCCUCCGCUAUCCUGUGGCGCGUUACGCUGAGGGAGACGGACGUCGUGGACGAGCUGAUCGUCUCCGUCUUUGGCGGCCAAUCCACGGUCAUCGCUGUCUGUGGCGGCGCCAAGCGCGUGGUCGGCCUGACCAUGCGUCAUGGCGUCUCUGUCCUGGACGCAUCCCCCGGCUCCAUCCCGCUUCGCGAUCUCCCUUCCAGCCAAGUUCCCGCCACGCCGCCACAACACGCGUCUCUGCUCGAUCGCACGGCUGGCGUUGACACCUGCCUCCUCCGCUCAUCAAGCGGCCCGCUGGUGGUGACGCUGCACAGCUCGCGCGUCGCCUUCACGAACGGUCUCACGGGCAACAUUGACUGGUCCAUCGACCUCGCAGACACGUACUCGGUGCUGUCGCUGUCGUGCUCGCCAAAGGGCCGCGUCCGCGCAGCCGCCCGCACCGCCGGCAGCAAUGCCAGCGAUGGUGGUGAUGGUGAUGAUGGUGAUGAUGUCGUUGUUCUGGAGCUGGACCCGCAGACCAAGCAGAUGAAGGAGGCCAAGACGGCCAUCUCGGGCGAUGUGUGCACCACCACGGACGCCGCCGUCGUCUGUGCAUCGACCGCCACCGCCGCAGCCACCGAUAUCGCCAUUGCCCAGUUCUCUGCACCGACGAAGGUCCACCGCCUCUCUGUGCCCAUCAAGUCCCCCGUCACUCUCAACGCGCUGUCUGAGGGCGCGCUGGUUGUCGUGACGGGCGCUGAUGGCGAAUCGGCGAUUGUCACCGUUGACGGCGCAAAGUCGUCUGUCGAGCAGGCGAGCGGCCGCGUGCAUCUUCAGCGGACGCCGCGCAAGACGGUCGUCGCCACGACCACCGCCAUGAACAACCGCGCAGCCCUCACGCUGAUUUUUUGUGUGUAUUUGCCCGGACGAGAACGAUCAGCAGAAGCCCUUUCUUCUGCACGGCAAUGCUGGAGCUUACCGCCCUCGUACUACUUAGACACCAGUGGCACGUAUGGCGUAUCUACGAUUCUCAACGUCGCAAACUCGGGAGCAGAUGUGUGA